AUGGCGGAAGAUCCAACCUUCGAGCUCCCAGACGGGCGCAAGCUCGGCUACACCACCUACGGCGCCGAGCUCACCCCGGGAAAGCCGGUCCUGUUCUACUUCCACGGCUCCCCCGGCACCCACAGCGAAGGCGCCCCCGUGCACGACGCCGCAUCCAAGUGCGGCGCGGUCCUGGUCGGCGUGACGCGGCCCGGCUUCGGCGACUCCACCGCCCAGCCCGACCGCACGCUCUCCUCUUUCGCAUCCGACGUGCUCCACCUGGCCGACCACCUCGGCGUGCAGCAGUUCGCCGUCCUGGGCAUCUCGGGCGGCGGCCCUUACGCGCUGGCCUGCCUGCGCGCCCUGCCCGCCGACCGCCUGCGCGCCGUCGCCGUCGUGUCGGGCAUGUGGCCCCUGGCGUUCGGCACGGCCGGCAUGGCGACCCACCUGCGCGCCUACCACAACCUCAACCGCUGGAUCCCCGGCACCGUCGGCUGGCUGCUCGGCCUGGGCAUCAGCUCCGCGGCCGACCUCAAGAACGGCGAGGCGCGCUCCGACGAGAUGAUCGCCGGCGGGUUCAAGUCCUGGCCCGAGGUCGACCGCGAGGCCAUCUUUGGCAACGGCGGGAAGCUGUUCAAGGCGCUCGCCCGGAGCACGCGCGAGUGCGUCAAGCACGGCAGCGCCGGCGUCGGCUGCGAGGGCGGCCUGUUUGCGCGGCCGUGGGACUUUGCGCUGGAGGACGUGCCCGUCGACGGGAGGCUGGCGCUGUGGCACGGCGGCAAGGACGUCAAUGUCCCGAUCGGGAUGGCGGACAAGGCGGUCGAGGUGCUCAAGAACGUCGAGUACCACAGGUAUGAGGACGAGGGUCAUCUCAGCGUGGCUCUGAACCAUCUGGACGAGAUUCUGGAUAUGCUGCUUGGCAAGCUGGGGGAGUAA